UACCGUCUGCUAGCUUUUGGCAAAAGCUCAUGCAACGCAUGAACGCCUUUCUAAACCUUGUAUCUGACUCGUUGUCAUAUCUAUGUACUGUACCGUCAUGAUCACAAUGAAGUAAUGCUAGGGGAGAAGCUUUUAAAUGAACGCGGACUUGUGAGGCAUUUGGUGCAACAACAAGUUGUCGUCUGAAACAAGAUGGCUGCCGGGAAGUUGGUCUGUGUUCAGGACUACGAAGACUACGCGCGGAAGCAUCUGUCGAAAAGUGCCUGGGACUAUUUCUCGUCUGGGGCGGACGACGAACAGACUUUGAGAGAAAAUCAAGCCGCCUUUCGACGUAUCAGGCUAAAGCCGAGAAUGCUACGUGACGUGUCGACCAGGGACCUUACUACUACGAUUUUGGGUGAGAAGGUGGACUUUCCUGUUUGCAUCGCGCCCACCGGGCUACAUGAAUUCGCCUGGCAAGAUGGGUCUUUGUGUAUGAUGAAAGCUGCUGCUUCCAUGAACGUCUGUAUGACGUUACCGACGUUCGCGACGUCGACGCCUAAGGAGCUGGUUGACGUCGCGCCGUCGGCCCUUAAGUGGUUCCAGCUGUACGUCACGCGGGAAAGGGACUUCAUGAAACGACUGAUCCAGCACGUGGAAAAGCUCGGCUACAAGGCGCUGGUCAUCACCAUAGACGUGCCGGUCGUCGGCAACAGACGGGCCAUGACACGGGACGGCUUCCACGUCCCGCCACAUAUCAAGAUCUCCAACUUUGGGGAUGAACUGAAGAGAAAGUACGCCUUCCCAGCUGAUGCGACUGACCCCUCGCUGUCCUGGAAGGAUAUCGCCUGGUUCCAGUCCGUGACCAGCAUGCCUAUCGUGCUGAAGGGCGUGAUGACGUCAGAGGACGCCAAGAUGGCGGUCCAACAUGGCGUCCAGGCCGUCUGGGUGUCCAACCACGGAGGCAGGCAGCUGGACAGUGUUCCCGCCACGAUCGAAGUCCUGCCGGAAGUAGUCCGCGCAGUUGGCGGGCGUGUGGAGGUGUACAUGGACGGAGGCAUCAGGCAGGGCACUGACGUCAUGAAGGCCCUGGCUCUCGGCGCUCGGGCUGUGUUCGUGGGGAGGCCGCCGCUUUGGGGACUGGCACACAGCGGAGAAGAGGGUGUGCGACACGUUCUACAGAUACUCAAAGAUGAACUAAGUCUGGCCAUGGCUCUGUCAGGCUGUAAGAAAAUCAAAGACAUCAAUCGUUCCCUUCUACAGCAUGAGAACGAACUGGCCAAGUUAUGAAUUGUGCAGAGAUUCUAAUCCAAACUGUGGGUAGCGUUUGGAUGCGGUCGGUCAGCAAGAUCGUCAGUGACAAUAAACAAAAUGGCGGCAAAUGGGUUCGAAUCAUACGAUUUCA